GUCGCAGGCACCGCACGCUAGCUCUCAGUCCUUUCGCAGCGGCCAACGGUAUUGAAUGUGCCGCUACCUAAUACGUACCAAAUAAACAUUAACAACGCGAGGAAACUUGCCGUGAAGUGUGAUAUGAUGCUGACUUGUGAGUUUUAAAAGACAGUGACACAUACGAACAGAAGGAUCGAGUGCAGUGUACAAUAACGCCCAAAGAUGCCGAAGAUCUUCUUGAUUAAGAAGCGGCUGCAUGAGCAGCAACUGGGGUUGCAGGAAGGGCAGGAGCUUCUAUCUAGUAAAGCGGACCCCUUAUGCCCCGGCUCACCUCUUGACGAUGGCCCUAUACCGCUUCUCUCCAAAAAAGACAAGGACUGCGUUGAUCGAGACGUCUUUGGAGAGAAUAAUGGAACUAGAAGUGUACAAGAUAUACACACAAAAGAGCCAAUUAGAUUCAUUUCAUCAAUUCUUGGAGGUGGCAUUCCAUACGGCAGUCAUAGAGGACACGUUCUCACACAAGCAGAACGUAAACAAUAUUUACCAGUAGUUUCGGAAGAAAAGAAACCUGAUGACAGACCAUUAAUAAAAGAAGAGAAAGAUGCAUUAGACAAUGACCCUGUAGUCCUGCCAACUAGAAACACUCCUUCACCUGAAUCAGUACCUUCACCCAGCAUAGACAACAAUGUGACGUGUCAAAAGGUUUCUGUCAUUCAGAGAACACCAUCACAAUCUCAAUUUCGUGAUAAUAAGAAAGAAUUAUCAGAAGUGAGCAUUCCAUCAACACUCCCUACGCCAGAACCGGAACAAGAUCAACCGAUCGAUUACGUAAUAGCAAAAAAGCGUGGAGAGACAGAAGAUGAAGAAACGGAGAAAAAGAUAAGAGAACAAAGGAGAACCAGUAGUUCUAAAAUUGCUAACGGAAUUUUGGCUAGACCUGUGCUUGUUUUGCGAAAUUGUCCCGCUAAAGUUCCAGGCAUUAUCAAUGCCGCUGCAGGACACGGCAGGUCAACAGGUAGCAAUGGUUCCUCUAGUAGUUCUCAAAACAGUGGAAGCUCAGGUAGCUUCAGCUCUGGAAGUGGUAGUACUGCUCCUUCAUCGGGGGGAGGCGGAGCCAUUGGUGGAGGGUCAGGAAGCGGUGGCAAUGGUCGGGACGGUAGAUCUAACUAUGGACCCAACAGUCCACCUACGGGAAGUCUACCUCCUUUCUAUGAAACAUUAGGACCCUCUUCAAAAGGAGGACAAAAUUCUUUCAACGCCAAUAGUAAUUUCACUAACGAAUUCAAUAUUAUCAAUGGAUUCAAUAUGGACUGUGAAAACAAUGAAAAUUCUACAAAUUUCCCAGAACAAAGUAAACAAUAUUCGUUAAUGCAGAAUGCCCAUUACGGCUUAGCUCUAAAAGAUGAAGAAAUUGAUUAUGAAAAUAAAUUAGAAAAUUUAGGCGCAAUUAGCAACUAUCCAAAUAAUUUUGACGAUUCUAUGGUAGUAGAUAUGGGAGAUGAUGUCAUAGAUAAUUAUCAAUUCUCUACGACUUUAACGUUCUCAGGUACAAAUGAAGGAAUUUUAAGCAAUUUAUCAGACUCGACAGAAGACUUCGCAAAUUUGUUAAACAAUCAUGUUGAAUCUAUAACAGACUCGGAACUUAGAGAAUCAUCAUCAAUUACUCCGGACUCUGUACACAAUCCAUUAGACAUUGAAACUUUGGCAGAGCAGGUAAAUUUAAGUAGACAGUAUUAUGAAAAAGCCAAUUAUUUAGCAUUUGCCAGUCAAGAACAAAAUUCAUCUUAUAAUUUUGCUAAAGAUCGUCCAGAUUUACUGAUGCAAUUAAAUCCAGCAUUAUUACAACACAACGAGGGUCAAAUGCAACAGCUCCAAAUUCACGUUCAGUUUCAGCAAAGGCCACAAAUACUAUCUCCCGGAUUUCCAUUCACUAGUCACUCAUUAGAGUUGGACUCUCCUACUGGCGUGUCACUGCCUUCGCCUGGUGGGAACAAUUCUUUGGACAGUAACAAUCACAUCGAGAAUUCGUCACUCAGUCCUGCAGCUGCUGUAAGUCUCAAGAAAGGCUCUAUCAACGAGAGCAAAAUGCAAAUCUUGCAACAUAGGUUGGGUUUGCCUGCGGAACUACCAUUGGAAUUCAUCAAUGGUGGACACGGCGUAAAAAAUCCCCUGGCAACUGAAGCCAAUGCACGCCAACGCGAAGAAGAAAAAAAUAAACAAGUGUUAGUUAGCGAGGAUGAUCCUACCAAGUUCGUUUGCAGGGUGUGCUCAAAGAACUUUAGCUUACAGAGGCUUUUAAACCGACAUAUGAAAUGUCAUUCAGACGUGAAACGAUACUUAUGCACUUUCUGCGGUAAAGGAUUCAAUGAUACGUUUGAUUUGAAACGUCAUACCAGAACGCAUACUGGAGUCAGACCUUACAAAUGUAAUCUAUGCGAAAAAUCAUUCACGCAAAGAUGCUCACUAGAAUCGCACUGUUUAAAAGUCCAUGGUGUACAACAUACUUACGCUUACAAAGAAAGACGAACAAAGAUGUACGUGUGUGAAGAGUGCGGACAUACGACUUCUGAACCAGAGGAACACUACAUGCAUCUAAAGAAACAACAUCCAUACUCACCCGCGCUGCUGAAAUUCUACGACAAAAGACAUUUUAAAUUCACGAACGCAUCGUUCGCCAAUCAGCUACUUGGCCAGCUUCCCAUGCCGGUCCAUAAUUAGACAUAAUAUAAACAAAUUAAGAAAUCAAUCGGUAUUCAUGAAAAAUUACUCUCUAAUAUACUAAAACCGAUUACAGCAAAAUUAAAUUAAAUAAUUUAUUAUCAAUUACUCUGUAGAUACAAUGGAAUGAUGGGUACUUAAUUACGAAUUUAGUCCGUCCGAUUUAGUAAAAAUAAUGCAAAGUAUUGACUAUAGAGAUAGAGCCCCAGUGCAUUUCGCUAAAUUUGAAGUUAUGCACGCAGAAAUUUCUUCGUACGUAAUCUAUGUCUUCCAUAAAUGUAGACAUUCCGUUGUAAAACUACAUAAAUUUAACGGUUUAUAUUAAACUAUGGAACUGUCCAUCUUUUGUUCCCUUAUAUACCUUAAUUUUUAACAGUCAAUGUGAAAAAUAUCUUCGCCUACUCUUUAGGCAUGACUGCAAAAAUCAAAGUAUCGGGUAUUAUGUGCAAUCUUUGGUGAAGGUACGGGAUUAUCACUUAAGUAUAGUUGUAAGUUAGACUAUGACAGUUUAGCUUUAGCCUUAACGGAUAUCUCAUAAAAAUAUAAGUUUCAUUUCAAACCAGCUAGUGUUAAGAGAUUAUUAUGUCAAAUAAUAUUGGAUAAACGGAUGGUGCUAAAUUCUUUUAUUGCUGACUUGAAAUGAAGCGGCUAUGGAUCGGAUGACACUUCUUGUCCGAUCUAUAAAUUAUAUUAAUGUUCUCGAAGCAUUAAUAUAAAUUAACUCCACAAUAAGGAAUUUCUUUCCUCAUUUAGUGAUACUAGCUUCUAAUUGUUUCUCAAAAUAUUAACACAAAA